AUGAUCGCAAGUCAGAGUAACACGAAGGCUAGCUCCAAUCGGGAAGAAGCAUUACGAGCUGAAAUCGCUAGCUUGCAUGCACUACUUGGAGAAACAGAAGGUGCAGAUAAGAUAGUCACAAAGCAUAUCAAGCUGUUACAUGACUACAACGAAGCGAAGGAUGCGGCUCAGAUCAUCAUAGGGAAGCUUGCCAUGCGUAAGGAGACGACGAUUAAGCAAUUGCAUGAGCAAUACGGACUUUCUAAGGAUGAUUAA